AUGCAGAUGGGGGAUUUAAAACAGGAUGAGGAAGAAGGAUCUGGAAUAUUUCAUUGCUGGAGGAGAGGAGUGAGGGAAAACCUUUCCUCGGAUCACGGUCAGAGGCUGGUGGACGGCUACAAGAAGCCUCCCGCUGAGAUUAUUUCAACCAAAGAGCCUAUUUGUCUCAUCUGCAGAGACUCAGAAAGACAUGCCAAUCACAGGUUCAGACCCAUCGAAGAAGUUGCUCGAGAUCAGAGAGAAGAGCUUGAGGCGUCGCUGAAGCCAUUGGAGGACAAACUUAAGCUCUUUAAAGAGGUCAGAGAAAAACAUGAACAAACAGGAAACCACAUUGAAGUCCAGGCUCAACGUGUGAAGAAGUGGAUUAGGAAGGAGGUGAAGCUGCUUCAUGAGCUGCUGGAGGUAGAGGCAGAGGUCAGGAUUGCCGCUGUGAGGGAGGAGCAGAAGGAAAAGUGUGAAAUAGUAAAGAAGAGAGUGAAGGAUCUGAGGAAAAAGAUGGCGACUCUUUCAGAAGCAAUCACAAAGACGAGGGAGGAGCUGAGAGCUGACGAUCUUCUGUUCCUGCGCCGCCGUGGGGCGGCAGCAGAGCGAGUCCGGCAGCAAACCCAAAUGGAUCGUCCACCGCUGCUCUCUGGACUUCUUCUGGAUAAAGCUAAACACAAGGGCAAUCUGACCUUUAACAUCUGGAGCAAAAUGAACGACCUGUACUUCCCUGUGAUUCUGGAUCCAAACACGGCUCACCCAGGACUCAGACUGACUAAACAUCUCACCGGCGUCAAAUGGGGGGAGAGCCAAGAGCUUCCAGACAAUCCAGAAAGGUUCGACAGCUCCUCCAUCAUCCUCGGCUCUGAAGGUUUCACAUCUGGGAUUCACAGCUGGGAGGUGGAGGUGGGGGAGAACCAGCACUGGAUGCUAGGCGUGGCACCAGAGUCUUCGAAAAGAAAGGGACCUUUAGGACAACGGUCCGGAUUAUGGACCUUAGCUUAUUAUAAAGGCACCUACAAGGCAUUUUCCCCUUCCCGUUCAGUCUUCGAUCCUCCAGUUAAGAAAAAGCUUCAGAAGAUCCGGGUUCAUAUGAACUGUGACGCAGGAGUUCUAAGAUUCUUUGACCCGGAGGCGCUCAUACAGUCGUUCCGGUGCAGCUCCACAGAGCCGCUGUUCCCCUUUCUAGGCACAACAGACGGACACUUUCUGAAGAUUCAACCGGACACAGUCUGUGUGCUGAACAAUGCAGACACCAUUUGCGACGAUGGAGACAGUGUUGACAUCGAGGAACAGCUCAGCCACGAUGGGGAUGAAGAGUCAAACGUCAGCCGAAUGGCUGCCCACUACCCUCCAACUCCCAGCGAAAUCCCCUCCAUCUUCCAGCCUCUGGAGUGA